GUAUAGCCUAUCCCAGACCCGAGCGAGUCGCAGCGCUCGGCCCGCCUCGCCUCGUCCUCGCUGGCCCUGGAGCGGUCCACGAAGCCCAGCUUCGGGCAGGUGAAGAAGCAGGUACAUGACGUAGUAGACGAAGAUGCCGGCCAGCGAGAUCAGGGCGUUCAGCAAGUGCUUCACGAGGUCGCUCUCGUCGAGGUUGCCGCCCUCGUCCUCCCUCCUGAGCUUCGCCUUGCAUGUCCGCGGCGAUGAACAGGAAACCGAUGGUGGCGAGCUCCAUGAACACGCGCUCCAUGCUACUCAGCCGGUGGUCCGGGUCGCACGAGAUGAUGCCGUGGAGCGGGUGGUGAUCAUUGGCGCUGUAGUAGACGAAGUCCUCCCACCACCUGGCGGCAGGAUCCAGCCGGCCUUGCAGUCCUUGUCGAGGCCCCACUGCUGCCACGGACGCUCCUUCGCUGGGGCCAUGUCCGCGAUCCUGCGCAGGAGGUACACCUCGAACUCGGCGGGGUCGACCGGCUCCUCCGCCUCC